AUGGUCCCAGGAGGGAACUUGCGAGGAAAGAGGAAGUUUUGGUGGAAUCCUCCGCGCGAGGUACGGCGGGAGGAGAGGCGGGAGGCCGCGCGUAGCAUCCCGGGAGCAAGGGCCCGGCCCGGCUUCGGCGCAGGGCAUUGUGGGAGAUGGACGCCGCUCCGGGUUGGGUCCUGCCAGCCCAGCUGCCCAGCCUUCAUCACCCUCAAGCUGAGCCUGCUGCGGGACCACCUCGUGGUGUCGGAGUGCCAGCUCACCCACUCACAACCAGCCUGCCCACGCGGGUUUGCCUACCACUUCCACCCAGGCCACCUGCUGGCCAACGCCUGCCUGCCCGUGCGCAUGACCAACCGGAUCUCCAAGCAGUUUGUGGCACCAGACGAUGUGCGUCGCCUGCUGUCCUACUGCAAGGGCCCUGACCAUGGCGUCCUGGAUGCCCUACACGUGCUGGAGGGGCUCUUCCGCACCGACCCAGAGGCCAAGGUGAAGCUGGUGUUUGUGGAGGACCAGGCGAUGGUAGAGACUGUGUUCUUCCUGACAUCUCGCACCAGGGCACUGCUGCGGCGCUUCCCACGCAUCCUCCUGGUGGACCGGCUGCCAGCGCUGCAGGGUGUGCUAGACCUGCUGGCAGUGUUGUGCGUGGAUGGCGCGGGCCGUGCGCGCCAGGCCGCCUGUUGCGUGGCACGCCCCGGGACUCCAAGCCUCCUGCGCUUCAUGCUGGUCUCUCUGCUGCAGAGCGCACCCGACGUCAAAGGCCGCGUGCGCUGCCUCACUGCUGGGCCCGAAGUGGCGGCGCAGCUGCGGGUUGUGCGCCAAUUGUUGCCUUGCGCACGCGUGCAGAUCUGCCGAGCACAGGGCCUGGAGACACUGUUCAGCAAGGCACAGGAGCUGGGCGGUGCCAGCCGUGAGGACCCAGGCCUAUGGCCACUCCUAUGCCGCCUGGCAGGUGCUUCAUCCUAUGCAGCCUAUGCUGAGGCGCUGACUGAGCUGCGUGCCCAGGCCCCAGACGACUUCGUCAAGUACUUUGACCACAACUGGGCGCCCCGACAUGACAUGUGGGUACGUUUCCGUGCCUAUGAGGCAUCCCGAGACCUGGACGCCUGCGCCCUGGUGCGUGGUCACCGCAGGCGACUGCUGAGCCACCUCAGCCCUUCACACAGUGUGGCACAGUGCCUUCGUGACCUGGUGGCCAUGCAGUGGGCCGACGCAGCUGGGGAGGCAGCCUCUGAGGGUGCUGAUGGCCGAGGGGUGUGGCUAGAGAGCCAGCUCAGGGGUGGAGCCCAGGGGGAGGGGGCCACGGGCCUGGAGACCAGUGACAAGAGAGUGGUCCAGCCAGAAAGGGAGAAGGAAAGGGGUUUGCAAAAGAGAGAUUGGCCAGGGGUCCAUUUGGAGAACCAGAAGGGGUGGGUGCUGGAAGGGAGUGUCUGGAGAGGGGCUCAGGUGGGGAGAGAGCCCUUGAGAGGACCAGAGGUCAGAGACUGGAGGGGACCCCACUUGGAGGAUGGAAGCUUUAGGGUGCUGGAGAUCACAGACCCAAGGGGAACCCAGCUUAAAUCAGACAGAAGUGGGUCUUUGGAAGGAAAUCUCUGGAGAGGGUUCCAGCUACAGGAGGAAAGGGCAAGUAUAUUGAAAUCCCGAGACUGGAAGAGACCCAGAUUGGAAACGGAGAAGGGGAGAGGCGUAGCUGUCAGAAACUGGCGAGAGAUCCAUUUGGAGAAGCCUUUGGAGUUGGUUCCUGAGAAUGGAGACCAAAGGGUGGCUCAGUGGACAGAUGAGGGGCGGAGAGGGCCUGAUAUUACAGAGGCGAGAGGAGGGCAUUUGGGGGUCAAAAGGAGACGGGGCCUGGAGGACCUAGUUGUAGUCGAGCUGGGAGAUGCCAGGGUCACAGGCAUGGCAAAUGGAGAUGGAGGCAGAGCCCAGCCUAUGGGCUCCAAGAGCAGAGCCGGACAUGGGAUGGAGUGGGGGGACAUGGGAAGAAGGUAUCCAGGGCUAGGGAAUGGAGUGCAGUGUGCCACCCCCAGGGGGCCUGUGUUGGAAGGCAGUCCCGAGUGGGCAGUGGUGAGCAGUGGCCCCCUGGCUGCAGGGGAGACCCUGCAGGAUGGAGGUGAAGGAGAAGGCCCAAGGGAACCAAAGAGGCUCUGCUGCCCCUCCAGAGAGGAAGGGAUAGACUGGGAGCCACUGGCUAAAUUCCGAGCUGCCUGUGGGCCGGAGCUAGCAGACCUGGUGGCUGAGGAGUUGGCCUUUGCGAGGCAGCAUGGCACCCGGGGUUUCCACUGGACUGGAACUUGCUUUGCUCUUAAAGAUGGCUCCUCAGACUUCUUCUUGGAUGGGGCGCUGACGUACUGCAGCUGCUCGAUCCAUGCUGCCCGUCGCUUGCCCUGCCGGCACCUCUUUGCAGCACGUCUCCUCACUGGGGCUGCCUUAUUUCACAUGGACCUGCUCAGGGAUUGCUGGGGGAGAACCCAAGAGCCCUGACCCCUCCGGCUCCUGCCUGCCAUCCUGUGUGGAGAACAGGCAUUCUUUUAUCCCAAAGAUAACAGGGCUGAGCCGAUGAGGCCACCCCUGUCCCUCUGGCCACCUCCCAGGUCAUCCAGGGAUUUUUUUUUUUUUUUUUUUUUUUUUUAUCUUGGCAGAUUGUCUCUCUGGCUUAAGAGAAAACUGUUAAGUGUUCUCUGAGGUCCUGGAGCCACAGCUGUAGAAAAUGCUGGUGGUCGGGUUGGGCUCAGAGGACCACCCUCAGGACAAGAAUGUGUGCGGAGAGGUGUAGACAGGGUCAGGCCGAGGCAGAAGACAAAAAAGGGCAGAACUGGGGAACGGGAGGACACUAGGAGGCAGGGAGACUGACAGGAGUAGACUGGUCAUCAUAGGGAUUGGAGGGCCAAAGGUGAAAAGCAAAGGAGAAAAGAUAGAAUAAAAAGACACAAAGAACUGAGGGGAACUAAGGCAUAAGGGGGGGAAAUGAAGGGGGAAGGACAAGAGAAGAGGCAAAAAUGGAGAAAUGAGAAAAAUAUGGCAAGGUGGGAUGGGAGGGUAAGCAAAAGAGGAGAAGAAAUUUUAAAAUGAGACAAGACAGAAGAAUGAUAAGGGACAUGGAGAGAAAAAGCAAGGAGGGAGUGGUUGGGGUAUUUCUCCAUGACCUUGACACUGGGCUUCCCUGAGCCUUCUAGUUUUUUCAUUGCGAAGUGAGAGCUGGCACUGGGAGUCUGGAAGGAUGAGUGGGAAACUCCCCUGGGGAAGGAACUGUAUGAAUUGUUGUGCUUCAAGACUGGAAUAAAACAGUAUUAUUUUGGUUUCCAUGCUGAGUUCAUGGCUUCUGGGGGAGCAUGGGAGGCUUGGAUGCAGAAGAAAAUGGAGAUACUCCAGUAUCAUUUCUGAUUCUACCUCAAAGUCGGUCAUGCUGGUUUUCCUUGCUGAUGAUUGGUUGAGAGUGGUCUGGCCAGUGAAUCUGCUCCAGUAUGGGUGAGAUGUUCUCAAAAAGAUUCCCUCACUCCUAAGAAGUCCCAGAGUGAGACAAAUCUACACCUGCUCCAAACCACUUUGGGCCAAAGUGAGAAUAAAGGUGAUAUUGACAAGGCCUGAACUAAGACAAAAAAAAUCUGCAUUGUUGUUUGGCUUUGAGGAGUCGGAAAUCUGCUGUAC